AUGGAAGAGAUUAUGGAGGCAAAUAAUUUGGCAGAGGUUUUAGAUGCCGAAGAGCUAGAACAAGCACCUCCUUGGAUAGAUGAUGAAGCUAUCCAUGUCAGAGAGGAGUUAGAAGAGGUGAACCUUGGAACCUCGGAGGAACCUCAGAGGAACCUCAGGACAUUGGUAGAACAUCGGCUUCCUAUUAAGCCUGAGUUUCAGCCAUACCGCCAACUCCAAGAAGAGUGUCAAAAGAAGCAUGCUAAAUAUAGUAAUUGGUUGGCAAAUGUUGUUCCAGUGGUUAAAAAGAACGGAAAACUUAGAAUAUGCAUAGACUUUAGAUACUUAAAUGAAGCAACUCCUAAAGAUAUUUAUGCCAUGCCAAUUGCUGACACUCUUAUUGAUGCUACAACUAAUCAUUCUCUUUUUUCUUUUAUGGAUUGUUUUGCUGGAUAUAACCAGAUUAUGGUGGCUAAAGAAGACAUCUCCAAAACGGCAUUUAGAUGUCCAACAUCUAUUGGGACAUUUGAAUGGGUGGUCAUGCCGUUUGGUUUACGUAAUGCUGGUGCAACAUAUCAGAGGGCUAUGAAUACCAUCUUCCACGACCUCUUAGGUAAAACUAUGGAGGUUUAUAUUAAUGAUGUUGUUGUAAAAUCAAAACUAGUAAAAGAUCAUUUGAAAAACCUAGAGGAAGCAUUUAGAAGGAUGAGAGUUCACUGUUUAAAACUCAAUCCUCUGAAAUGCGCCUUUGGUGUAAAAGCUGGAAUUUUUUUGGGGUUUUUGGUCCAUGAAAGAGGCAUUGAAGUGGAUCAAAACAAAACGAAAGCUAUUCGAGAAGCUAAACCGCUUAGAAAUAAAACAGAACUUCAGAGGUUUCUUGGGCAGCCUCCUGUAUUGAUGCCUCCCAAAAAGGGUAUACCUCUGAGGUUGUACAUUUCAGCAGCUGAAGGUUCAAUUGGGUGUCUGCUAGCCCAGAGCAACCAAGAUGGACAUGUACAGACUAUUUAUUAUUUGAGCCGUUCGAUGACAUCUACAGAGAAGCCGGUCAAAGGUCAGGCUCUAGCAGAUUUCCUAGCCGACCAUCCAUGUAUAAACCUAGGAGAUGAAAGUAAAUUUGACUUGCCGGUUUUUAUGAAUGAACAUAGACCUUGGAUGCUCAAAUUUGAUGGGUCUAGUACAGAUAGGUCUGCUGGUGCUGAAAUCAUAAUAGUAUCACCUUCUGGAGCUAAGACCUCGUUGUCUUUUAAUCUUGACUUUGAAUGUACAAAUAAUCAAUCCGAGUAUGAGGCUUUGCUUAUUGGAUUAGAAAUUCUCCUAGAUCUAGGUGCUAAAAAGUUAAUAGAGAGUUUUGAAGAGGUUGAAUUGGUACAUGUUCCUAGAGAGGCCGAUGAAUUAUCACAGCUAGCAUCUGGCCUACGUCUGUCGGAGGAGUUAACCCACCGACUAGUAAUGGUACAAAGAAAAACUCACCCUUCAAUUUUUAAAAGAGGAGUACAGCUAGAUAUUUUCAAUAUUGAUGAUAACUUAGUACAGGAUUGGAGGAGAGACAUUAAAAAGUACCUGGAGAAUCCUAGCAAGAAGAUGAUGUAUAAAGUAAGAGUGAGAGCUGUUAACUACGUGCUCAUAGAAGAUGUUUUAUACAGAAGAGGAUUCGACAACUUAUUGCUAAGAUGCCUUGGAACUACAGAGGCACUAGAGGUCAUGAUACAAACUCAUGAAGGAGUUUGUGGAGCACAUCAAUCUGGAGUGAAAAUGAGAUGGCUGAUCCGAAGGUAUGGGAACAUACAAAGACUUCCAGCUGCUGAGUUGAAGUCUGUCAUCAAACCAUGGCCAUUCAAAGGUUGGGCCAUAGAUUUGAUAGGUAAAAUAUAUCAUCCAUCUUCUAAAAAUCACAGUUUCAUAAUUGUAGCUACUGAUUAUUUUACUAAAUGGGUAGUCGGUAAGCCAUUGGUAAAAGCAGAGCAAAAAGAUGUUAUUAAAUUUAUUAAAGAAGAAAUUAUCCAUCAAUUUGGAAUUCCACAAUCAGUAACUACUGACCAGGGCACAAUGUUCACUGGUAAGGAGAUGCAAGAAUUUGCCACUGAUUAUGGAAUAAAAUUAUUGACCUCUAAACCUUAUUAUGCUCACGCCAAUGGCCAAGUUGAAUCUUCUAAUAAAAUUAUCAUCAACAUAGUUCAAAAGAUGUUGGAAGAAAACCCAAGGGAUUGGCAUCGAAUUUUAUCAGAAGCACUCUAG